UCAACUUUGCCGAAUCAGUUCCAUUUGAAGGGAGGCCGGGUGGCACCAUUGAAUCUGCGCCUUUUAUUCAGUGCAAAUUUCGGUAAAAAGGGGGUCGAGACGCUCUAGUGAUACCCAGAGUUUGUGCUGCGGAUAGGGCAUCCAUGUUAUGGUGAAAGUGCCAAGAGAACGAGCUUCAUUCGGCAAUGGAGACCUCACCGGAGCACAUGGUAUUCCAGGCGCUUCAGGCCGCCUGCAGUCAAAACACUGACUUCAUCAAGCAGGCGGAGGAGAAGCUGACACAGUGGGAAACUGAGCCAGGCUUUCAUCGAACUCUCCUCAACAUUUUCCUCAAUAUCUCGUUGGAUGUUAACGUCAGAUGGAUGGCCGCAGUCUAUUUCAAGAAUGGAGUCAAUAAAUAUUGGCGAGUCAAUGCGAAAAAUGAAAUAGCGCGGGAGGAAAAGGUCCAAAUCAGGUCGCAGUUGAUGUCUAAUUUCAACGAACCCGUUUCACAGGUGGCUGUCCAGAUAGCCGUCUUGGUUGGGAAAAUUGCCAGGUUUGAUUGUCCUCGAGAAUGGCCUGAAUUAUUGCCAGCGUUGAUGGAAGCUGUUCGAACAGGACCGGCAUUGCAGCAACAUCGAUCCCUUCUGGUUUUGCAACAAGUGAUCAAAUCGCUUUCUUCCAAGAGGAUGAUGGCUGAUAAAAAAGUCUUCGAAGAGAUCACAAAAAGUAUCUACUUCCCUGUACUGAACUUCUGGGAUGCAUUCACAACCUCGUUCUUUCAAAGCCUGCAAGAACGUGCCCCACCAGAAGAUACUCUGAUGUUCUUGGAAAAAGCCACUUUGUCACUGAGAAUUCUAAAGAAGUUAACGAUCUAUGGUUUUUACAAGCCCCACAACUCCGAGAAUUGCAUGAUGUUUCUGGAGUCGAUAUUUCGCCGCGUGAAGGAGUGCCUGCAGUGUCGUUACGAACUACGAAUGAGCAAUCAGAGUGACAAUUUGCUUUCGUUGCUGGAGAAGUUCAUUCUGAAGCAAACAAAAAUACUCAACGAAUUUCUAGAGCAUCAUCCGCUAUCAUUUGUUUUGUUCGUCGCUUCAGCUCUAGAGUUCUCCUUUCACUACAUAUUUUACACGGGAACGAAUAUGAUUUUCACGCAGAACAACAAAAAUACUUUCCUAAACUUUUGCAUACAAUGCAUAAAUCUUAUGAAGAACAUCCUGUCGAGCACCGCAUACAACGCAGACGCGCAAGACAUGUACCUAAAUGAGUCAGUUCCUAUUGCGGUAAACGCGAAGAAUGAAUUUUUCACAAAGGAAAGAUUGAAUUUUAUCUGCGAAAAGCUGAUCACACAAUAUUUCGUUUUGACUGAGUCCGAACUGGAUUUGUGGGCGGACGAUCCAGAGGCGUACAUUUCGGAUGAAGGGGGAGAGAGCUGGAAGUAUGCAUUGAGACCAUGUGCCGAGACGUUUUUCACAACUUUAUUCACCAAAUUUCGUUCGGACAUGACUGCGGAGGUAUCGAAAUAUAUACGAAAAGUGCAGGAGAUUACUUUGACGCCAGAGUCUGAUCUUCGUGAUAUUUUACUGAAGGACGCGAUUUAUAAUGCUGCGGGGAUAUCUGCGUUUAAUUUAUUUGAUGAGGUUGAUUUCGAUGCUUGGUUUACGAAUCAACUAAUUCAAGAAGCUAGCAUAAAAACGGAUAACUUCCGGAUCAUUCGUAGGAGAGGAAUAUGGCUGAUAGGUAAGUGGUCAGGGGUAAAGCUGCUACGAGAUUUACGCCCAAAAGUCUACGAACUGUGUUUGGAUCUACUGCGCCAAAAUGAAAAUAUGGCUGUACGCUUAGAAGCGUCCAAAACUCUUAUGGCUACUUUGGACGACUUCGAAUUUGAACCUCAAUCUUUCCUACCGUAUCUCGAACCAUCUUUUUCGGCCCUUUUCAUUUUAUUGAAGGAAGCGAAGGAAUGCGAAACAAAGAUGAAUAUUUUAAAUACAAUGUCUUUUGUGAUCGACAAAAUGAGUGAUAACAUCUCGUCUCAAGCAGACAACUUGAUCGUAUAUCUGCCUUUGCUAUGGAAAGAGAGCACGGAUCAUAAUAUGCUGCGAUGCGCUAUAAUAUCAACAUUGCAUCAAAUAGUUAAAGCGUUGUGUGAAAUUCCUUCAAACUUAGCGCCGUUCCUAUACCCCGUGAUUGCGAUCAGUACAAAUGUGAAAGAGAGCUGUCAUAUAUACCUGAUUGAGGAAGGCCUGGAAUUGUGGCUUGCUGUUUUGGAAAACAGCACCGUACUUUGCCCAGAACUAUUUAAUUUAAGUGAAAAUUUACUUCCAAUAAUAGAAAUUUCAUCUGAAAACCUCCGAAUUGUACUCAACAUUAUGGAAGCUUAUGUAGUUUUAAGUCCAGAUGUGUAUUUACGCCGCUAUGGAAGAAAUAUUGUUUCGACUUGUGCAUACCUACUGAGCGAUUUAAGGCCCGAAGGGAUCGUAAUGAUUUUGAAAUUGUUCGAAACCUGCCUAAGAGCAGAUGUUGCAAUUUCAUUAGAAUUGCUCAGACCGGUUUUACCCCGCAUUUUCAAAGAAAUUUGCGAUGAUAAACAUUAUCCAAUGGUCAUGACAAUGUAUUUGGCGGUAAUUGCGCGAGUUUUAAUUUCGAGUCAAGCCGUUUUUGUCGAAGCUUUGCAAGAUGUUGACGUGCCUAAUGCUUUGGAAAGGAUCUUAGAUAUUUGGCUGCUGAAAAUGCCUUUGGUAUCGCAAACCGAGAAACGGAAACUUUUAAGCUUAGCGUUAGCAUCAAUUAUUACCGUGGACAGCCCUAUUGUGCAAAUGAGGUUCGCAAGCAUUCUCCAAGAUAUUGCCGAAUGCCUCAAAGAUAUAAUGCGGGAAGAUUUAGAUGGAGUUUUAACCGACGCGUUGCUUUAUGAUGAAGAUACGCACACGGCACUGAUUGAUGACAUUGACUAUAAAACGCAUCAUAGCAAGCGAUGCAGGCAACUAUGCAUGAACGACCCGGUGCAUCGAAUUGUUCUUGUGGAGUAUUUGCAGUCUCAGUUGAGACACAUUCGUACCAAUGUUGGAGAAGAGAAAUUCAAGUCGCUGAUGUUAACGAUAGAUACCGCCAUAUUGAGAAAUUUGAGUGAGUUUAUAGAUUUAUACAUAGAAAUCCCUCAAACAGAGUAUAUAUAAUAUAAAGACUUUUUAAAAUAUUGUUUUGAGAUGUUUUUUUCUAUCCUGUUAUUAAAUGGAUAAGAAUAUUAAUUUAUUAUAACUUUUCUUACGUUGAACAACAGCAAUGUAAAUAUGCUCUAAUAAACGUGAAUUUCCUAACUAC